AUGGGUCUGGCUCACGCUAUUCCUUUCCCUCCCAGCGAGUACAGCAAGGAGGGGGGAAAGCAAGAGACAUUCAGGGACCUCCUCAAAAACUACGGAAUAGACCCGAGCAUCGGACCUGAGACCGACAAACACGGGUCUAAGGAACACCAUGGCGACUUCAAGUAUAGGCUCAAGCAUUACUAUCCUCAUGACCACGAGUCCCAUCAUGAAUACAGCGAUGAGGAAAAGUACGAACCCAAGGAAGGCCAUACCAUCACCAAGGUCAAGGUCAAAAAGUACUAUCCCCAUGAGCAUCAUGAGGAUGAGGAUGACUACGACUACAAGGACAAGUACAACAAUCUCGGAGAUGACCACGGCUACAACAGCGAUAAAUCCGAGAAGCACCACUAUCCCCAUGAGCAUCAUGAGGAUGAGGACCACUACGACUACAAGAAGGACUACGACCACAAGAAGGACUACGACCACAAGAAGGACUACGACCACAAGAAGGACUACGACCACAAGAAGGACUACGACCAAAACAAGGACUACGACCAAAACAAGGACUACGACCAAAACAAGGACCAUGAGGCCAAGGAAAUUGACGCUUUCAAUGAUCAUUACGGCCUCAGCGAACAGGAUUUCGACAAGUACUUUACCAAAGAUCACCACGACCACUCGGAAAAGUACGAAUCGGAAGAAAGCCCUGACUCUGAUGGAAGUAAGUAUAAGAGAUGGCCUCCCGAAGAUCCAAUCGGUAGCCCUUUCCCCGGAUCCAAACCCCCGCCGAAACUGCAGUGGCAUGACCCAAACGAGGAGCAUACACAUUCUUACAAGUACAAAGAGAAGCCCAAAUACCCCGACCCUCCACCCGAAGUCGAAAGGUACAAUCCUAAGGAUAUCUAUGAGUCCAGUAAGGACAAGCUGCACGAUGAGGCUAUACUCAAUCCCGGUUAUCACUCUCCAGAGAAAUAUGAGGCUGAAAUAGAGGACGACAAGCUCUCCCACUUCAAAAAGUACGAGCAGGAGAACGAUAAUCUCCCCUACUUCGAUAAGUUCCCAGGAAAGUACUUGCCGAAGCAUCCUUUCGAUGAAGAUGAAGCGAAAGAGACCGUUCCAAAGUCAGAGUACGAAGGAGAAGAUGAUCCCUAUCAUCCUAUCGACGGCGUGGACCAGUUCCACAGCAAGGAGAUGUAUAAGAAGCCUGACUACGACAAGGAGGACCGCGAUAAGUAUCAUGACGAUGAUGAUGAUGAUGAAGGAGAGCACCCCAAACAUGAUCCUUCUCCCAAGGAUGCGGACGAGUACGGAAUGAAGGGGGUCUACGGGUUCAAGUACGAGUACCAUCCUGAGGAGAAAUCUUUCCUCUCAGAGGAGGCCUUUGAGACACACAAACAUGGUAAUUCUGACCAGUCUGAGAGUGUUUCUUAUAAGAAGUACCUCCCUAAGGAAGAGAAGAAAGAAAAAAAGUACCCCAACGAGGCAGAGAAGUAUGGUUACAAGAAGUACGACCCCAAGGAAGACGACGAGAAGGACAACCACUCUGAUGAGAAGAGCCACCACGCUGAAGAGAAGGACGAAAAAGACAAAUACUCUGACGAGGAUAUGGAACAGGUGUCGAAGCAGCUGUACUACCCAUCUCAUCACGAGCCCACGGAGAGCGCCAAGUUCUAUCGCAAGCAUGAGGUUGAUCACAAUGACCACAAGUCCAACAAGAAGCCCAAACCUCAGAAGAAGGGUGAGCAUCGUGGUUACUACAAAGAGCCCGGAUACGAAAACGUUGUUCCAGGAUUCAUGUGGGCAGGUCCUGGAGCCGUUACCAAGACUCCUUGUCCGAAGAGGGAGGGAUGUCCUCAUGGACAUUGGCAUAUGUUGGAGCCCAAGAACGGAGAGCACAGGCGAAUUGGGAUAACUGGAACCAACAUCGUCGUCGAGCCCGACUAUACAAGACCCGAUUACAAGGAGGAUACGGUGAACCAUGUUUUGCCAGGCUACGAGAAUGUUAUCCCGGGUUUCGAGUGGGCAGGAAUUGGCGUCGUUACUGAAGUCCCCUGCCGUAGCGCCGCGGAUUGUCCUGAGGGAGGUUGGUUCAUGUUGGCACCCAAGCUUGGAGAACACAGACGCAUUGCCAUGAACUACCCCAAGGCUCCUACCACGCACCAUCAUCACCCGGCCUCUGAGCCUACUGUGCAUAUGCAUAAGUCUGACUACAAGGCUCGCUCACCUGUUGGACAUGAAGGUUUAGUGUACGAGAAGGACCACGAAGACGACGUCAAUGAGAGAGAAUACAAACUCAUCAACCGUCACUCAAGAAGCUUGGACAAGAGGAGUAUCGAGGCGAGAGCACCUUGCAAGAAAAAGCCGCCGAAGGAGGAGAAGCCCAAAGAGGUCAAAAAGAUUGACCCCAACAAGCCACUCCCCAGGCUCAGUACCGUCCACCUCCUGAAUAUUGAGAAGCUCAGUGAAUGGAAACGAGAAGCACUCGUAGCCGCUAUGCCCAUGAUGGAUGACGAAUUCAAGAUGGAGUUCCUCACGUUCCAAGAAUUGACUCCCGAGUUCAUCGCCAAACUCAAUGAGCUAUAUGCCAUCCUCCUGGAAACCGCCGACGGCAGGAGAAUCAUCGAAUUUAUCACCAGGAGACCAAAAUACGUUCCCUCAAGUAAGAGGUCGGUACGGGAGCUCAGCGAAAAGGAAAUCAAGAGGAUCGAAGAACUGUCUCCGGUAAUUCGUCAAAUAGUUGCCAAGAAGCUCGACUUUGAUCCCAAGCUUACACAGGAACUGGCCGAUGCCGAGCAGCUGUCGGAUGAUCUGAUCAAAAAGCUCAACAAAGAGUACGCUCGCGUGAUGAGCGACCCUAAGUACGCGAAAAUCGUCAAGAGUUUCUUGUCCAAGUCCAAGAGAGCAGAGCCUAAGCUUACCAAGGAGAUGAUCAGCAAGAUCGAGGAAUUGUCUCCGGCCACGCGUAUGAUGGCUGGAAAAAAGCUCGACUUUGAUCCCAAGCUGACACUCGAGCUGGCCAAUGCCGGCAAGUUUUCCGAUGAUCUCAUUGAGAAGCUCAAUAAGGAGUGGGCUCGUAUAGCCAGCGAUCCCAAAUACUUGAAAAUUAUCGAGAGGUUUGUGUCCAAGCCCAAAUCGAAGAGGGCAGAGCCUGAGCUUUCCAAGGAGAUGAUCAGCAAGGUCGAGAGCAUGAGUCCCUCUAUGCGUAUGAUGGCUGCCAAAAAGCUCGACAUGGAUCCAGAGCUUACAACGGAGAUGGCAAAUACUGACAAGUUCACGCCGGAGCUGAUUGAGAAACUCAACAAGGAGUAUGCUCGUAUCAGCAAGGAUCCCAAAUACAAGAGCCUUCUCGACAAGAUCGGUUUCAAGCACAAGCGAGCUGACGAGGCCCCCGAACUCAGCGAAAUCCAACUUAAGAAACUCGAGGAACUUAGUCCCGAGAUCCGCGUGAAGGCCGCAAAGAGGCUUCGCAUGGAUGAAAAACUCUCGGCCGAGCUGAUCAACACUAAAAAGUUCACACCCGAAUUGAUCGAGAAGCUCAAGAAACACUAUGUCCUUCGCUACAAACAAUAUAAAGAGAAGAAGGUGAUCGUUUCCAAAAGCAAGCGGCAACACAAUCCCAGAUUUCCUCUCAAAUUCACCGACCAACAACUCGACAAAAUCACGAGUAUGAGCGAGUCUGAACGUCGUUUCAUUGCCGAGAAGCUCAAUUUUAAGAAGGAUUUCGCCGAUGAAUUCAUCAAGAGCGAAAAAUUCACUCCACACCUUGUUAAGAAGCUCAACGAGGUGUACAAUCAGAUUUAUGGAGGCCACAAGUACAACGAACUUGUCGAACAUUUCAGUACCAAUUUCAAGCGCCAGGCUUCCUCUGAUCCAAAGGGAAAGGAAGAUGAGAGCAAGUUAGAUCCCGAGGAGUUAGAGAAUCUUGCAAACAAGAUCCGUGAGAAGAUCACCAAAGAACUAGAACUUGACAUGGAUCUCGAUAGCGAGUUUCUCUAUGCCAAGAAGGUCACAGAAUCAUUCAUUGAGAAGCUGACCGACUUGGCCCGUGAUGUCGUCGUCAAUCUGAAGUGGGAGGAAAUUGUGGAGGACAUUCUCGAUGAAGAUGACGCUUCAGAAAAGAAGGAGAAUUCUGAUGCUCAGAAGGUAAAAGCGAACAUCGAGAACUCCCCCAGCACCAAUUCGACCAAGACGACAGAAACACAGUCUGUCAACGCCCAGAAUUCGACAAGCUUGCCAGAGUCGCAACUUGAGAGCGAUCAACAGGUGACAAAGAUCUCGGAGGAGCAGCUCGCCAGCAACAAGAAUGUGGAAAAAAGGGAUCUGGAUGAGAAGCUUGAAAAGUCGAAGAAGAAUGGAUGGUGCGACGAGUUUCUUGGCACGCUGAAAGAUACUUGGGAUGAGUCUGUGGACGAAGCUCUCACGAAGACUGAAGAGGAGGAGAAGGAUUAG